CUGAUACUUUUAAAUUUGGGCAAACAGGCCCUAUUUCUAGUACAAUAUACAGUGCAGUUCGCAUCCUGGGUCUUUAAAAUACAAAGAUUUUAAUGCCGUUUUCAGACUGCUUCCACUCACUGUAUCCACUCUUGAAUAACCGGUACCUAGAAGAGUACUUGGUGUGUAGUACCUGCUCAAUUGUUACUUUUUUGAUAAAUGAAUUCACGAAAGAAUAGAGAAGAAACACUUUUAAAAACAUUAAAUGAAGGUAACACAUUAACCUGCUAACCAGAAACAAGACCAAACCUGUUGCCUUGAGUUGAUUAGGAUUUAUGGUAACUCCAUCUGUUAGAGUAGAACUGCUCCAUUGGAUUUUCUUGGUUGUACUCUUUACAGAAGCAGGUCACCAUGCUUUUAUUUUUAACACCCUAGGUAAGUUCAAGCCACCGACCUUUAAGUUAGAGUUUUUAACUGCUGUGCCACCAGGCUCCUGUGAUCCUGCUAGGGGUACUAAAACUAGCUUCUUGUGGACCAUGACGCAUUUUUCCACUCAUUCUCAUAUUCAGAUUUCUAGGUAUCUAAAUUCUAGGUUCUCUUCCACGCUUAUCUUCUGAGCAUUCAAGAAUACUUCCUCUGGGUAAUUGGCUUGUGUAUGUGUGUCAUCAACUCUGUCCCUCCUCAACUUGUCAGUUAGGGGAGCAUUUUUAAGUGGAGAUCAUAGUAGUUUUACACUGAACUUUAUAAAAGCAGCUUGAAUUCUCUAUCUCGUUCACCUGGCUAUUUAUGUGUUCUCUUCAGUUAUCAGAAUUGGUUACUUUGCUUGUAACUAGAUAAUGCAAUCACUGUUGCAACCUUUGCAAUCUUCAUACUUAUUACUUUCCUUUGAGUGAAUUCAUGGGAAAUGGGACCCAGGAUUUCUACAUAUGAAAUUUAGGAUGAUUCUUAUAUUUUACAAAAUUAAUAUUCUAAUAUUUUCUAUUGAAAUCAACACCAUAAACAAAGUACUGAGUGUCCCUUCUCCAGAAUCUGCCUUCUGUAGAGAUAGAUACAGUAUUUUGGAGGGAAAGCAUUCUCUCUAGAACCACUUGGGUGCCCCCGCUGAUCUGAUCUGGGGUCAAUUACUAAACAGAUUUGUAUUCUUGACUGUGUAAGCACUGCACUCUCUCUUUCUGGGCUGGGAAACUAAGAGCUAUUCAUAAGUCAGGAAAGGCCCACACAGAGAUCAUCCUGCCUGCACUGAUCAAUACUUUUGCUGGCUGAGUAGGACACCUUCUCCUGGAUAUAUGCACUCAAAUUAACCUUUCAGUUCUGAUUAUGUGAAAAAUUAUUUAGGAGCAGUGGUAGUCCUAGUUAUGUGGACGUGGAUAUGUCAUGUCUCUCAAAACACUAUGUUCCAAACUAUGGUAGUCUGGUAGCCUUAUAGCUCUUUUUGGACUUAUGCUUUCAUCUCCCUGUCAAGCAUUUGCAUUUUGCUAUAGAAAUGACACACAAAAAUGAAUAUUCAAUGAUGUAGUCAUGUUGGCUCAUGAUAAUGGGUAGACGAUGAUGUCAUUUACUGGAGAUGCAGAAUUGGUGAUGAAGGUGUUGAAUUCAACAUGGGAUAUGCAUUUUGCAUUUCCUGGGAAAACUGUAAGAAUUUCAGAAGGUAGAUGAAUAUGCACGUCUGGAACUCAGGAGAUAAAUCUGGGGUGGAGAUAAAGAUUUAGGAAUCAUUAUUAUAUAAAAAGUAUUUAAAGCCAAGGGAGUGAUCUACAGAUCAUCUGUCUCCUUCCUCCUGUCUUUUGCAAUCCCUUGCUUUUUUUGCCAAUAUUGAACGACUUGUCAUCCCUGCACAUAAGCCAUGAGUCUUCUGGUGAUGUUCAUUUCCUGCUGGAAUCCUCAUUCUUUCCACUAAUACCCAAUUUCCUUUAAUCUUCAGAUCAGAUGUUACCUGCCAGAGAUCUUAACCCUCCUCUAUGCUAAUACUCUAGUGCUUUCUUUCAUGGUUACUCUUGCUACAUUGUUCUUUAAUUACUUGCUUUUUUGUGUUUUUCCCCAGUAGAUUGAGUUUCUUUGGGACAGGCACUGUGUCAUAAAUGUUGCAUCUUUGAUGCAUGACAAAUAAGUGCUAAAUAAAUAUUAAUUGAAUGCGUAAGUGCAUUAAAAUUUACUAAAGGGGGAAACAGAAGACCUAAUUUUUGUACCUGAAUUUCUUGAGACGACAAAACUGUUAAGUGGCAUAUUCUAGUCCUUUCCAGGAUCCCUAAUAAAAGACCUAGAAAUAGUGAGAACAUUUCAGGAUCUUUGACUUCUGUCACUAUUCUCAAAAUGGCUCUCUGCCUUCUCUGAAGACAGUACCUUUGUCAUUAUCAUCAUCAUCCAUACUACCACCACACUUGGACUACUGUGCUUAGCCAUCUAUUUACCUGGCUGUAUUCUAAGCAAGUAUUUAAGUCAUACGCUAAUCACAAGACUUUUUACGAGACAAGUAUUAUAUCAUAUUUAGAAUAUGAGAAAACCCAGGUACAACAAUAUCAUAGAGUAGAACAGAAAAAUAUCAGAACACAUCUUAUAAAAUAAGGACAAGUAUUAUUUCAUAAAAUUUUUAUUUCAGUAUUGCACUAACAGACGUGAUUACUGAGUUCCUACAUGAAAUGCAUAGGUGUUUUAAAGAUCCUUAAUUCGAUGAUUUCUAAGGCUUUCAUCAGCAAUUUCCUUUUUUAUUCCAAAUUCCCCUAAGUGCAAAAAAUUUUUGAAAGUGUAACCAACGUAUGUCUACCUCUUUAUUAACACACCCGUUACCUCCUCUAGAUUCUAGACGCUGGGGAAAUAGAAUGAGGAAUUUGCCCUCAAUUGAGGAAAACGAAUAAACUUACCAAUGUCAGAUAGUAAUAUUUCUGUUCUAUUUGAGUAUAUACGACUUGAGUAUUACAGUAAGCAUAAUUAAAAAUUCUUUAAAGCUAAGUACAAGACUUACUACCCUGACAGCCCAAUAGGUUCCUCUGCAUCAGUGGAAUCGACUACUGCGUCCUUCAAAGGCCCUUUGAACUUUUAGACAGGAAGGUUUAUCACCUUAUUUACCUACAAUAUCCACAUACGUGGGCCUCAGUUAGCCUCAUUUCCAAGAAACUGUGUACUUUCAUCAACUCAGUUUCUUGAAUGUCUUAGCUGAGGUUCCUUUCAAGGACAUAAAAUAUGUGGAAAUGGUCUAACUGUGUGGGUUUAGUAAGGAUUAACCCAAAUAUCUAAGCGUCAACACUUGAUAAAAAGCAGUUGAAUAUGCAAUAGAUCGUGUCACCUUUUUUUAUGACUAUAGAAGUGGCUCUGAAAAGAGCCUUUGUUUUUUUAAGUUUCCAAACUUGUUCCUUACUUGGUCUUGUGGUGGCUCUCGGUUUUCUUCGGGAGCAGCACGGCCUGGAUGUUGGGCAGGACGCCACCCUGCGCGAUGGUGACUUUGCCCAGCAGCUUGUUGAGCUCUUCGUCGUUACGAAUGGCCAACUGCAAGUGGCGCGGGAUGAUGCGGGUCUUCUUGUUGUCGCGGGCAGCGUUGCCCGCCAGCUCCAGGAUCUCAGCCGUCAGGUACUCCAGCACCGCCGCCAGGUACACUGGCGCGCCGGCCCCAACUCGCUCGGCAUAGUUACCCUUACGAAGAAGACGAUGGACACGACCCACGGGGAACUGGAGACCGGCCCGGGAAGACCGAGUCUUAGCCUUAGCGCGAGCCUUGCCGCCUUGCUUGCCACGUCCAGACAUGGCGUCAGCUCCUGUCAGUAAUGACUGGAGCAAAGGUGCCAAAAGCGCUCUUUAAAGCCACGUCUGGGCGCGAAAACAACGCGGUGCCAUUGGUCAAUACGUUAUUUUCAUUUGGACCAAUAGAAACGGGGUUUUACAUAAGGAGUAAUUUGAUUGGGCAAAAAUGACAUUAACGUCAUCAUCAGGAACCCCACCAAUAACUAGAGGAGCUUUACUCCCCUUAUUUGCAUAAGUGCCUAUAAGUAAAGAGGACUGGUAGUACCAGCAGCUUCUGUUUUCAGCUGUUGUGUUUUGUUUCACAAUGCCUGAACCAGCUAAAUCGGCUCCGGCUCCCAAGAAGGGCUCUAAGAAGGCCAUUACAAAAGUCCAGAAGAAGGACGGUAAGAAGCGCAAGCGCAGCCGCAAGGAGAGCUACUCCGUCUACGUGUACAAGGUGCUGAAGCAGGUCCACCCGGACACGGGCAUUUCGUCUAAGGCCAUGGGUAUCAUGAACUCCUUUGUCAACGACAUUUUCGAGCGCAUUGCGAGCGAGGCCUCUCGCCUGGCGCAUUACAACAAGCGCUCGACCAUCACGUCCAGGGAGAUCCAGACGGCCGUGCGCCUGCUGCUGCCUGGGGAGCUGGCUAAGCACGCGGUGUCCGAGGGCACCAAGGCCGUCACCAAGUACACCAGCUCCAAGUAAACAUGCUAAGUCCUGAUGCCUAAUAUGUGCUAAGAAAGGUUCCUGCAAUGAGAAAGUCCACAGCUUUCUAAGAAAAAUUUAAGACGAUUAAGACUCCAAAACCGAAACUGGAAAAAGCAAAAUGGUGCCUGCCCAAUUUCAAGGCUGAGAGGUCCCAGCACAGAGUGGGCUGGGAGCAUCCUUUACAGUUGCUGGAGGCUGAAAUGACUGGACAUAAAUCUGAAAGGAUAAGUAGAGAAAAAAGACCCUGAGGGACUCAAGGGUUUGUAUGCCUUGAAUAGGGAUGUGAAGUUUAUCUACAAGGAGAAGGUGGGUUCAACGCAGAAUUCAAAAGGAAUCUGCACUCGGAUUGCUUUGCAAGUGUCUUUAAAUUCUCAUAGUUAUUUAAAAGAAGCCUCAAAUUCUGAAAAGUCAUUUUGUAACAGUGUGUGGUGCAGUGGUUAAAGUACAAUGCCACUAACUGAAAGAUCAGCAGUUUGAAUCCAGCAGCUGCUCCGAGGAAGAAAGAUAUGGCAAUCUGCUUCUGUAAGGAUUACAGCCUAGGAUACUCUAUGCGGGCAGUUCUGUUCUGACCCAUAGGGUCGCUAGGAGUUGGAAAUGACUGGACGGCAAUGGGGUUUUGUUUUUUCAGUGUAGUUUAUGCUAAGAAGUUCCAAUUCAGGACACAUUUAAUAAGUUAUCAUAAAAAUUAGCAAAGGAUAUACAUCAUGUUUUAAGUAAGAAUAAAAUGUUCAAAAUGUGAUUAAAAAAUAAUUUCCCCUUUUUACUUUAUUAAUUAUUGAUAUUAUUCUUGGUAGACGAGUAUGCGUUUUCUAAAACAUCGGAGGAAAUAUUAAAGCUCCUCUGAGUUUUAAAACAGGAGAGAAAAAUACUUUCCAGAAAAUCUGGUAAAUUUGUGUGCUAUUUUUAUUGUAAAUGGAGCAUGUUAAUGUUAAAUUUUACCUGAACCCUAUGAUAAUGGGAAAGAUCAAUGGUUAAAGAACCACCCCCACUUUGCAUUCAGGAAAAUGGAUUACUGCAAAUGACCGCCCUUCCCACAUGAUGUAGGUAAGACUCAAGGAUGCCCUAACUCUUUGUGAUGCUUGCUGAUCUUAUGCCUAGAGUGCUAUCCCUAUUGUAAUAAUAACAACCCAUUGCUGUUGAGUCGAUUCAGACUCACAGUGACCCUAUAGGACAGAGUAGAACUGCCUCAUACGGUUUCCAAGGAGCACCUGGUGGAUUUGAGCUGCGAUCCUUUGUUUAGCAGCUGUAUCCCUUAACCACUAAGUCACCAGGGUGUCCUUAGACUCAUAGCAACCCUACAUAGUAGGUCUUGUAACACUAGAAGCCGUGGUGACAUAGUGGUUAAGAGCUAUGGCUGCUAUCCAAAGGGUUGACAGUUUAAGUUCACCGGCCACUCUGUGGAAACGCUAUGGGGCAACUCUACUCUGUCUUAUAGGGUUGUACCAAGUUGUUUUGGUAUAUUACACUAGUUUCUUUUUGUUUCCCAUUUUUCUUUCUGAAUAAAGUUUCUCCCUAUCAAAGUCUAGAUUUGUUUAUUUGACAAACACAAGGGAAUCUUUAGAUCUAUGUUCUAAUUGUAUAUAGUCAUUUUAGACGAGGUGAAAUGUAUAUAUUUCGAUCACAGAAUACUUCCUAAAGCAUCAUUUAAACUUUUCUUUUUCGAGUUGCUUUACCCAUACUUAAAUCUUUCUUUCUCCACACACAUGUAGAACUCUGCCCUGUCCCUAUAGCAUAGAACUGUAUAAGCUGAUGUUAGAGCUGUUGAUGACUGUCUUUUUUUUCCUGAAGUCAUGCAGAAUGAAGACUGGGUCUUAUUCACCUUUUUUUCCCCACAGAGCCUGGAUGAUUGGUGACCCUAUAAAAUAAGGUCAAUAAAAUGUGUCAAUGUAAUAGUUAACAGAAAUACUUAUGACAAAAAAAAAAAAUAAAAUAAAAUCGUGAUGUAGAACUGAAAAAAAAAAGUUAAAAGUUAAAUGAGGCUGAGAUUGCAUAGAGGCCUUUGGGCUUGGGUACGGGAGGGUAGAGAGGAAUGUGGAGGCUGGGUACUUUUAAACUAGGCCAGCUACUGUGAAGUGUCUCAGAAACAUUAAUUCCUCCUAGAUAUGGUUAAUGGACUUGACUUUCUUGUGGAAUAAUAAAAGAGCAAUACUUAACUGGUUUUUGGGUCCCAUAUUUUGAAGGGUCUAGUUGGUCUGUUUAUAGGAUCGCUAUGAGUUCUAAUUGACUCACUGGCAACUGCAUUGGGUGUUUUACGUUUUGGAGACUUGAGGGUAUACAACAAUAACGUUUUAGACAAAGGCAGGCAUACUAGGCAAACGCUGUGAUUACACAAGAUCUUCCUGGGGGAAAAGGAGUUUCUCUGUCUAGAGAUUAAAACAAAACAAAACUUUCUUUGAGGCUUCCAGGCAAACCAGGUCUUGGGUUUAUAACUAACUCUUCCCUGAUGUCUUUUAUCUAAGUUUACUGUAAUUUCAUUUAACUGUAUAUAUAAAAGUAUAUUUAGUGGUAAUGUUUGAGGUGGGGAGAUAGGGGAGAAGAAGCCUCCAAGAGGAUCUUCAUGUGAUUAUAUCCUAUUAUAUUUUAGCUAUUAGGAUAUUGUUUAGAAAUUGUUUCAAAACAUACACUUCUAGGUAAAGAUUUACACAAAUAUAUUAGAAAUUUAAACAAGAAAAUUUAUUGUUAUGAGUACUUUAUUGUACUAAUAAAUGCAAAUAGAAUAAAUGAAUUAACAUCUCUACAAAAAGAUAAUUGAAUGUCAAAAUAUUAAUAAACAAAUACUAAACAUAAAUUUUAGCUCUACAAUACUAGGAAGAUCUUACUACAAGCUAGCCUAACUAUUUUACUCAAUUAUCUCCAUUAAUUCUUAGAGUAUACCUGGGAAGUAUUGUCCUUGUCAUCAUCAUAUAGAUGAGGAAACUAAAACGGAGCAAAAGUGACUGCACCGAAGCCACAAUUUAAACCUAGGUUUGUUUGAUUGCAGAGACUGAGAUCUUAACUACUUUCCAAAGCACAUAUCUAUACAGAAACAUUGAAAAACAAGAAAUUAUAUUUUAAAUGAUACCAGGAUUUAUUAUAAUUUCUUUACAGUUAAAAGAAUUUCACAAUAUUUAUCUCCAUGCAUGUAAAAAUUAUUAACUAUAUGAAAAAACAAAUAUUUCAAUGCAUAAAUAUCAUAAAGUUAAUAGUGUGAUCUUCGGAUUAUGAAAUUAUAGGUAUUUUUUCAUUUUUCCUAAUUAAAAAAAAUUUUUAACCAUGUACAUGAAUUAUCUCUAGUAGAAUAUGUACUAUAUAUUAUGCAUGCAUAUUAUAAUACAUGAAUUUUAUAUGCACAUAUAGGUUCAGAUGUAGAUUUGCUGAGAACUAAAAAACUUACCUGGGCCAAAAAUGAAGAUUUGGAUUCACAGAGAGAUGCACCAAGGUUUAUAUCAAUAACUGUAAUACAGGAUCAGGAUGACAAAAACAGCUGCUUUAAUACUGAUACACAGAGUUCUGAAAGAGCAUGCAGAGAAAAUUAAUUAUGAAUAUGGAAAAGCAAGUCAAGAGAAAAAGUCAGACUAUGGCUUUGGUAAAUAUAGUGCCACGAAAAUUCAUCUUUCAUCUCCUGUAAAAGAUAGACAGUAAACAGAGCUAAUGAACUCAGUCUUUUAAAGAUGUUAAUCUAUCUGCCCCAAUUAGUUAAGAAAAGCAAUGGGAUUAUGACCAAAAUCCCAAAGGGGAUUCAUUAAAAAACAAACAAAAAAACUUGAAACAAGUUUUAAAGUUACAAUGUUUAAAACAUCUUUCAGUGGAAACAGCAGUAACAGUUCCCAGUACUAAUAAAGAAGUUGAUUUAUAUUAAGGUGGUACAAUAAAUCCAGCUGAUUAACUAAAGACGAAACAAUCAUCUACACCAAUGUAAACCCUGAAUUUACCAAAUAGAUUGAAAAAAUGGUAAUGCUUAGUGAUGGUGAAAUUAUAUACGUAACCAUUAUUGCUGGCACGUGAACUUGAUAAAACUUUUGAGGAAAAUGUAAUGUAAAUCAUAUGUGUUAAAAUCGAUAUUCUCUAGGACAAAGCAUUUCAAUUCAAGAAGGCUAUUCUAAAGAAAUAAACUUAUGUACAGGUAUCCUUUAUAAUAAGAAAACAACUAUAAAAUACAUUAUUAAAUUUACUAUAGAAAAUCCUUAUGAUGGAAUAUUAAGCAGAGAAAAAAAUCACUAUCAUUUUUAUGUUAAUUUUCUAAAUUUUAAACUAUGAACACAGAUCUCUUUUGACCAGGGAAAUUGAUUAAAAUAUGAAACAAAAGAAUUAGUGCUACCGAAUCAAAAGUAGGUUCCUGCCUGGUUCGCACAGAGUUCCAAUUAUUCGAUACCGGUUUUUAAAGAGGAAAUCCUGGUGGCGUAGUUGUUCGCUGUUGACCAAAAGGUCGACAAUCGGGAUCCACCAGGCACUUCUUGGGGCAGUUUUACCCACACGAUGGCACUGGGUAUAGAGUCGGUAUGAGUCGGGAUUGACUCCACAGCAACGGGUUUGGUCUUUAAAAGCUUUAUCGCAAAGUGCUGAGCAAGGAGCCAAGAGGAAGUUUCCUCAAAUCUGAUUCCCGGAGGUUACCCUCCCCCACCGGGGCGUGGCUUCCCGCCUUCUUUCUUGAGGUUCUCAGUCCGGUCCGCCGACCGGCGUAUAAAGACUCUGCCGCGACUGCAGCUGUCACAAGCCUUAGUUCAGUCUCUUACUUCGCAAUGUCUGGUCGUGGUAAGGGCGGUAAGGGCCUUGGGAAAGGCGGUGCCAAGCGCCACCGCAAAGUACUGCGCGACAACAUCCAGGGCAUCACCAAGCCCGCCAUUCGGCGUCUGGCUCGGCGUGGCGGUGUCAAGCGUA